UGGAUUCAGUAGUCCGAACUUAACCGCCAUCUUAUAAAACCUCCCAUAAACCCUAAAAACGCAGAGAGGAAAAAAUAACAGCAUCAGGGCAUUCCUAACUCAAAUUUUGCAAAAAGAUUUAUCAUAAUUAAUUAAUUUUAAAAAAAUAGCCAAAGUUUAAGCUGUUUCUUGCUUCUUCAGAGUACUCUUGUUGGGGUUGCAAAGAGAAAUGAGGAAGAAGGUGGACGAACGAAUCAGAACUCUCAUUGAAAAUGGCGUCAAAUUACGACACCGUUCUAUGUUUGUCAUCAUCGGCGACAAGUCACGCGAUCAGAUUGUGAAUCUUCAUUACAUGCUGAGUAAGUCAGUGGUGAAAUCCAGGCCAACUGUCUUAUGGUGCUACAAGGACAAACUUGAACUUAGCAGUCACAAGAAAAAGAGAGCAAAGCAGAUAAAAAAGCUGAUGCAGAGGGGAUUGUUGGAUCCUGAGAAGGUUGAUCCUUUUCAACUUUUUGUUGAGACUGGAGGAUUAACAUAUUGCUUGUACAAGGAUUCUGAAAGAAUACUUGGAAAUACUUUUGGAAUGUGCAUAUUGCAGGACUUUGAGGCUUUGACUCCAAAUCUCCUGGCCAGAACUAUAGAGACAGUCGAAGGUGGUGGCUUGAUUGUCUUGCUGCUGCGCUCUCUUUCCUCACUUACGAGUCUUUAUACCAUGGUCAUGGAUGUCCAUGACAGGUUUCGUACUGAAUCCCAUUCUGAGGCUGCCGGGCGCUUUAAUGAGCGUUUCUUACUAUCACUUGCUUCAUGCAAAGCAUGUGUUGUCAUGGACGAUGAGCUAAACAUUUUACCAAUUUCAUCUCAUAUGAGGUCAAUUACACCAGUACCAGUUAAAGAGGACUCUGAAGGUCUUUCAGAGGCUGAACGUGACCUGAAGAAUUUGAAAGAACAACUACAUGAUGAUUUUCCUGUUGGUCCUUUGAUCAAAAGGUGCUGUACCCUAGAUCAGGGAAAAGCAGUCAUCACAUUUCUUGAUGCAAUUUUAGACAAGACGCUACGUAGCACAGUUGCUUUGCUUGCUGCUCGUGGUCGUGGGAAAUCUGCAGCACUUGGUUUAGCGGUUGCUGGAGCUAUUGCAGCAGGGUAUUCAAAUAUAUUUGUUACUGCACCUAGCCCUGAAAACUUGAAAACUUUGUUUGAGUUCAUCUGCAAGGGUUUUGAUGUACUUGAAUACAAGGAACAUAUUGAUUAUGAUGUUGUGAAAAGUGUGAAUCCCGAGUUCAAGAAAGCAACUGUGCGAAUCAAUGUCUACAAACAACAUAGACAAACAAUCCAGUACAUACAGCCACAUGAACAUGAAAAGCUCUCUCAGGUGGAACUACUGGUUGUUGAUGAAGCAGCUGCUAUUCCAUUGCCAGUUGUGAAGUCCCUACUGGGUCCAUAUUUGGUCUUCCUUUCAUCUACUGUGAAUGGCUAUGAAGGUACUGGGCGGUCUUUGUCGCUAAAACUUUUGCAACAAUUGGAAGAACAAAGCCACAUGACUGCCAAGAAUUUAGAGGGCUUUCUUUCUGGUCGUCUUUUUAAAAAGAUAGAGCUUAGUGAGUCUAUCAGAUAUGCUUCUGGCGAUCCCAUUGAAUCCUGGCUCAAUGCUUUACUUUGCUUGGAUGUUACAAAUUCCAUACCUAGUAUCAGCAGAUUACCUCCACCCAGUGAGUGUAAUCUCUAUUAUGUUAAUAGGGAUACACUGUUUUCCUAUCACAAAGACAGCGAGCUGUUUUUGCAGCGAAUGAUGGCAUUAUAUGUUGCGUCUCACUAUAAAAAUUCCCCUAAUGAUUUACAACUUUUGGCAGAUGCUCCCGCGCAUCAUUUGUUUGUGUUACUUGGCCCUGUUGAUGAGUCUAAGAAUCAACUUCCUGAUAUCUUAUGUGUCAUUCAGGUCUGUCUUGAAGGCCAGAUUUCUCGUCAAUCUGCUAUCAAAAGCUUAAGUGAUGGCCAUCAACCCUUUGGAGAUCAGAUUCCAUGGAAAUUCUGCGAGCAAUUCCGAGAUACAGGUUUCCCCAGUCUUUCAGGUGCUCGGAUAGUACGCAUUGCCACUCAUCCAAGUGCCAUGAGGCUUGGAUAUGGUUCUACUGCUGUGGAACUUUUGACUAGGUACUAUGAAGGACAGUUCACUCCCAUUUCUGAAGUAGAUUUUGAAAACAAUGUGGAGACUCCCCAAGUUAGAAUUAUGGAAGCUGCAGAGAAGGUUUCAUUGCUAGAAGAAAAUAUAAAACCAAGGACGGACCUUCCACAUUUGCUAGUUACUCUUCGUGAAAGACGACCUGAAAAACUUCACUAUCUUGGUGUUUCUUUUGGGCUUACUUUAGACCUUUUUCGCUUUUGGGGGAAACAUAAAUUUGCUCCAUUCUACAUUGGCCAAAUUCCAAGUACAGUAACUGGUGAGCACACUUGUAUGGUCCUGAAACCAUUAAACAAUGAUGAUUUUGAAGUCAGUGGAUCAGAUGAAUGGGGCUUUUUUGGUCCAUUUUACCAAGCUUUCAGGCUAAGGUUUUCUAGAUUACUGGAAUCUUGUUUCCGAGCAAUGGAAUAUAAGCUUGCUAUGAGUGUACUGGCUCCUAAGAUCAACUAUGCAGAUACGGAUACUAAAGCUACUUCAUCCACUCCAGAAGGAUUUUGGAAGUCACUUAGCUUUGAAAUUACAGCAGAUGAUAUGCAGCGACUGAAAGCUUAUACUGAUAAUCUUGCUGAUUAUCGCUUGAUAUUAGACUCUGUUUCAGUCCUUGCUCGCCUAUAUUUUAGAGGGAAGCUUCCUGUUACAUUGUCAUAUGUCCAGGCUUCCAUUUUACUCUGCAUUGGCUUGCAGAAGCAAGACUUCACUUAUAUUGAGGGACAAUUGAAGUUGGAAAGGACACAGAUUUUGUCACUUUUUAUGAAGGCCAUGAGAAGGUUCCAUAAAUAUCUUUAUGGUAUUGCAUCUGAUGAAAUCCAAUCAACCCUACCCCAAUUAAAAGAGAGAGUGCUGGAACCUCUUAAAAUCUCUGUGGAGGAUGAUCUAAAUGAAGCAGCGAAGCAAGUUGAGGAUGAGAUGAAAACCAAAACGGAGGCACUAAAUCCUGAGCUUCUCCAACAGUAUGCCAUUGUGGACAGAGACGGUGAUUUCGAGAAUGCAUUGAAAAGUGGUGGUGGAAAAAUAUCCUCAAGCGGUCUUAUUAGUGUAAAAUCUAGUAAAACUAAAGUGGAAAAACAUGGUAAACAGGAAAGUCAUAAGAAAGGGAAAAGGCGAAAAGGAGACCACAGCCCUAAAUCAAAUAAGAAGAGUAAAUCUUAAUUAUCGAGCAUGGUGUUUAUAAGAAUGCUAAUCAUUCUUCAAGGUCUUAUAAGGUAGUGAAGGAAAUGACUGUUAUAGGGAAGUUAGAUAGCUGCUAAUUUAAUCAUUUUGUUUUACCAUCAGGCGAAAUAUUUACCAGGAUAGUUAGUGCAGAAUUUUGGAACAAGAGGCUAAGCCCUCAUUUUGGUAGAACUAAGUUUAUUGUUGUUAAUGUAUAUAAGGUACACCCACAUGCUUGUGAUUGGAAAAUUUUGUUCCUAUUUUUUUUAUUGAUCAAUAGAGUUGUCUAGUUUGUGUUUUUAACUAUAA